AAAGCCGAACCUCUCUCUAUCGAGUCCUUACUGGCCAAACAGAAGGCCGAAAAGGAGGCUGCUUCGAAGCCUAGGUUCUUAACCAAGGAGGAGCGCGCCAAACUAGCGAUUGAGAAACGAGCGCAGGAGAUUCGGGAGCAACGGGAGAAAGAAGAGAGAGCGAGACGGGAGCGAGAAGUUUUAGAGCGACAGGCUGAGGAACUUCAGCACAGGGAACGAGAGCGCCAUCAUCCGAGAGGAGGAGGACGGCAUGACAGAGACAGAGGAGAUAGGUAUGGUCGUCGCGACAAUAGAGAUAGCAGGCGACCUGACGACCGACAGUCACCAUCGGAAUCAUACGUCCCUUCCAUGACGGAAAGUGAGAUGUCUGCAAUACGCUCCCGUUAUCUUGGCGUCGACAAAAAGAAGCGGAAGAUUCGCAAGAUGAAUGACCGGAAAUUUGUCUUCGACUGGGACGCUCAAGAUGACACGCUGAACAACGAGUCACCGGCAGCGGCGGGUAUCAAUCGACAAGGCGCUCAGAUCAUGUUUGGUCGUGGUCACCUUGCCGGGCUCGAUGAUACUGGUCCGAUUGCGUCCAGAAGGACCGGGGACGUACAGCUUGCGGAUGCACGCGAACGUCGCCAAGCUGCGAAAGCGGGCCUGGAUGAAAGACAUUGGUCAGAGAAGCCGCUUGAAGAGAUGCGAGACCGUGACUGGCGUAUUUUUCGGGAGGAUUUCAGCAUUUCUGCCCGAGGGGGACAAAUCCCGCAUCCGCUGCGCUCUUGGACGGAGUCGAGUAUCCCUGUCCAGAUAUUGGAAGUCAUCGAGAAGAUUGGUUACAAGGAGCCCUCGCCCAUCCAAAGACAAGCCAUACCAAUUGGUUUGCAGAACAGGGACAUUAUCGGUAUUGCAGAGACCGGUUCCGGAAAGACGGCGGCAUUCGUGAUACCCAUGCUUGCAUUCAUAUCUCGCUUGCCACCUUUCACGGACGAAAACAGACACUUGGGUCCUUAUGCGCUUAUUAUGGCUCCUACCCGUGAAUUGGCUCAACAGAUUGAGAGUGAAACCAGGAAGUUUGCUAGUCCCCUAGGAUUCAAGUGUGUCUCGAUCGUGGGAGGAAGAUCUGUUGAAGAACAGCAAUUCAAUUUGCGGGAAGGCGCGGAAAUCAUCAUCGCUACGCCUGGUCGUCUGAAGGACGUUAUUGAACGACACGUCCUUGUCUUGUCUCAAUGCCGUUAUGUCGUCAUGGAUGAAGCAGAUCGAAUGGUUAACCUCGGUUUCGAGGCGGACCUGUUGUUCAUUCUCGAUCGUUUGCCUUCGGAGUUGAUGGAAGGCGAGGAUAACGGUGAACAGAUGGAUGUAGACGGAGAGACGAUGGUAAGAAAAGGAAGAUCUAGAGUAACCACCUUAUUCUCUGCCACGAUGCCACCGCCGGUUGAACGUUUAGCGAAGAAAUAUCUGAAGAGACCAGCUGUCAUCACUAUCGGUGAGGCUGGCCGGGCUGUCGACACAGUCGAACAGAAGGUGGAGUUUGUCGCUGGCGAUGAAAAGAAAAUACAACGGAUCCUUGAAAUCCUCAAUAGUAACCAAUAUCCUCCCCCCAUCAUCGUCUUCGUCAAUCAGAAGAAGACCGCAGAUAUGGUCGCAAAGGGCUUACAACGUGGAGGAUGGAAUGCUGCAAUAUUACAUUCCGGCAAGAACCAGGAGCAGCGUGAAGCUGCCCUCAACUCUCUGCGGACUGGCGACGCUGAUAUCCUGGUCGCUACCGAUCUCGCCGGACGUGGUAUCGACGUGCAAGACGUUAGUCUCGUCAUCAACUUCCAGAUGGCAAAUACUAUUGAAGCAUAUGUCCAUCGUAUUGGUCGUACUGGACGAGCGGGCAAGCAAGGUACUGCUAUCACCUUCUUAACGAACGAGGAUUAUGAGGUUAUGUAUGACCUGAAACAAGAAAUAUCCAAGAGUCCUAUAUCCAAGGUCUCGAUAGAACUGGCCAAACACGAAGCAGCUCAACACAAGAUGUCAAGGGAGAUGAAGCGGAAGCGGGAUGCCGAAGACGAGGGCUGAGGUGCCUGCACCCGUGAACAUGGGAUUGUUACACCUUUUCUCAACAGUGUAAUACUAUGCUCUAUUGUAUGUCCUGUUUUUU